UUGUGAUUACAGCUGUUCAAGUAGUCGUGUAACCUUCAAGUAGCUCUUAACUGGCAAAAUAACUUUAUAAGCUCUGGUGAUUAUUCUGUGUUGUUCAAUCUGCAGCUCGGAACUUUGCAAGCAAGUUAAAUCAAUAAUACUAGUGCAGCUGUGACUUUCAAGAAACCAUACUCCUGUCUUUGAGAAAUGGUUUUCAACUUUUCCACGUGAUUAAAUCUAGACACCUAAAAAUCUCCUAGUAAAGAUGGAGACCUCCAUGUAGCAAAAGUAAAUCUACUGACAACUUCUGUUGUCGUGGUUUCGAUGGACCUCUUAGAGGUAAUUCACAGGCAGUGAAUUAGCCUUGCGGUCUGCCUACCACAAGCUGAAACCAUUGUCUUGAGGAACUGUUAAUACAGAAAUAACUUAAAAUAUGUGCGUGUAUAAUAAUUAAGAGAAGAUUAAUAAUUUUUCAUGUAGUUCACUGUUUUGUUGGGUUUUUUUUAAUCAAAUAGAUUAUGAGGGAAAAAAUCUUUACAUGAGACAGUAAACAUUCUGAAAGAAAAUACACAUUGAGACAAUACAGUAGUUAUGGCAAAGGAUAAGAAGAAAAAUGUCAAGAAGGCAGAAAAAUCUGUACGUCUUCCUAUCCCUGCACAAGAUACUACAGCUGAGAGUAGUUCAACGAAGCUGACAGAUUUGCAGACCUUUAUGAAUGGAGUGGAAGGAACACAGGCAAAUCCAGUGAUAACGAAUAAAGAACCAGAAGUGGUAGAGGAACCUCCAGUCCAAGAUGUUCCUCAAUACUAUGAGGAGCCUAUUCUUACUCAAGUUAUUGUGAAAAGCUAUGAAGGUGAAAAAGUCCAUGGAUUGUAUGAGGGUGAAGGAUUUGCAUAUUUUGAGGGGGGAAAUACAUAUAAGGGCAUGUUUUCUGAAGGGCUUAUGCAUGGACAAGGGACUUAUACAUGGACUGAUGGAGUGAAGUAUGAGGGAAUAUUUGUUAAGAAUGUGCAGAUGUUUAAUGGCCGUUAUACAUGGAAUGAUGGCAGCAUUUAUGAAGGAUCGAUCAAGAAUGGAGUUAGGCAUGGAUUUGGAUUUUUCAGGAGCGGUACUUGUCCUGUUUCUUACAUUGGCUAUUGGUGUAAAGGCAAAAGACAUGGAAAGGGUACCAUCUAUUAUGAUCAGGAACAUACCUCUUGGUAUUCAGGCGACUGGGUAAAUAAUGUCAAAGAAGGAUGGGGAAUGAGACGCUAUCAGUCUGGAAAUAUCUAUGAAGGUCAGUGGGAGAAAAAUGUACGUCAUGGAAAAGGAAGAAUGAGAUGGUUGACAGCUAAUCAAGAGUAUAUGGGACAGUGGGUGUAUGGCAUACAGCAUGGAUAUGGCACCCACAUAUGGUUUUUGAAGAGAAUGCCUGCAUCUCAGUAUCCUUUAAGAAAUGAAUACAUAGGUGAUUUUGUAAAUGGGGAACGACAUGGACAUGGGAAGUUCGUGUAUGCCAGUGGAGCGGUGUACGAUGGUGAAUGGGUUUGUAAUAAGAAGCAUGGCAAGGGCAAGUUUGUCUUCAAGAAUGGCCAUGUUUAUGAAGGAGAGUUCACAGAUGAUCGUAUAGUAGAAUAUCCUGCUUUUCAAGUGGAUGCAAUGAGUGCAAAAGAGCUGAAUGCCAUUUGCACAGGAAGUAAUUUUGGCACUGAAAAUAUCUCCAUCAUUAAUGGUUUAGAAAAUACUUCUAUUCUGGGAUCAAAUAUUGAGUUGGAUGUAUCUUCACUGCUUGACUUGUUGCCAAGGGAAGACAGACAUGAAGAACUGAAACAAGUAGAAUUUGCUGUGUUGAGGCAUAUUACAGAACUGAGAAGAGUUUACACCUUCUACAGUGGCUUAGGCUGUGAUCAUUCUCUUGACAACACCUUCCUCAUGACUAAGCUCCAAUUUUGGAGAUUUCUGAAGGACUGCCAGUUUCAUCACUCCAACAUAACUCUUGCUGAAAUGGAUCGGAUAUUGAGCGGUGAUAAAACACCACUUGAGGAGAUACAUUGUCCACGUGAGACUUUACUGUUCAGAACAUUUUUGUCUUACCUUAUUCGUCUAGCAUUUCAUAUCUAUCAUGAAGAGCACAAAGAGAAGGGUCCUUAUCUGCAGAAGUGUUUCUUAGAAAUGAUGUCCAGGAAUGUUAUUCCCACUGCCUGUUGUAUCCAAGGUAUCUUAUUUUCUGAAGAACGAUGUACAGUUUUUGCCAUGAGCUACAUUGACAAAUGUUGGGAAAUAUACAGAGCUUUUUGUAGACCGAGUACCAGACCUCCGUUUGAACCCACGAUGAAAAUGAGGCACUUCCUUUGGAUGUUGAACGAUUUUAAACUUCUCAGCAAACAAUUAACUGCUUCAAAACUUGUAGAAAUACUUGUCAAAGAUGGUCCCUCUCUACAUGAUAGCAGUAGUACCAACCUGGAGCCAGAGUUGGUUUUUCUUGAAUUUGUUGAAGCUCUUCUUGAUUGUGCAUUGGUGUAUGUUACCAGUGAUAUGAUUAAAGAGCAAGUAGCUCGUGAUAAUCGGAAGAGAAGUAGCUUUAGAAUCGAGGGCCUCUCCGAGGGAACCACAAAUGUGUCUCUGUACCCAGAAUAUUCUCUGUCCCAGUGCACGUACAGAAGUAUAAUUGGUGCAGGCAUAAACGAUGACAUUUCUGAGGCAGCUGAGCUUUACACUUGCUUAUGGUUGUCUUCAAGUGAAAGUGUCAUAUCACAAGAUGAAAUAAAGAAACAUGAGCCACUGAGACCUUGUGAAGACAGAGGGCAUCCUCUUCAAGAAUUUCUACUGGUAUCAGAUACUGUCCCCUCAUUUCACACAGCUCGUGGAGAUACCAAAGAUGUUCUGUCAUUGUUCAGCUGGAAGGCACAAAAAGAACAAGAUUUCUGUCCUGCAAAGGAAUUGACAGAUGAACCAAAAGCAGCCAAAACUGAACAAGACGAAUUUAGUCUGCGGCUGUGUCGGGUGCAAAUCUUUUUUACAACUAAGUUCUUUCCUGCCUACCACCAUGAAAAAGUGGUGAGGGAAAAAAUAAAAGAAAAUCAAAUACAGGAUGCUGAAUUAGCUGAGCUGAGAAAGAUCAAGGAUGAGGAGCUGGCAAAACUUAUUGCUGGAAGAGAAGCAGAAGAGGCAAAAAGGCAAGAAGCAGCUGCAGCAGAAAAAACAUUUGACUCCAAGCAUGCAGACUUUAAGGAGUUAGAGGAGCGUGUCACACAGUUAGUACCCCCUCCAGAGGCACCCAUUGUAGGACCCCCAGUUGUUACAAAGGUACCUGCUGGUAAAAAGAGAAAGAAGAAAUAAAUCUAAUGAGAACUACUGAAGCUUCAAGUAAGUAAGUAAGUACUCUUUGAAUAAGAGAAAAAAAAAAAAACAACAACCAACAAAAGAGCCACACUUGCAGUAAGGUCUAAAAUAGCAGUAUGAUAAAACUGUAUCCACAAGACUUGCUGGUGUCAGAGGGAAACUGUCUGCUCUUAAACCAAGGGUCUUGGGAAAGAGAAUAUAGUCAUGUAAAUGAGUAUAACCCUUUAAACAAAACUAUUCCAGAAGUCACUAUUUGAGUUAUACCUAAAAAUUCCCUCAGUGUUAAACUGAUACAAUCAUGACAAGGUAUCAGUUUUUAUAUGUCCCAAUGAAAUGGUUUCUGCUUAACCAUGGUUUAUUUGACUGAAAUACUGCAUAUAAACAAGUAUGUAAGAAUCGGACAAUGACUUUAAAUUGGGCUGAAGCAGGAGCUGCAAAGAACAGGUCAACCUAGAAUGUUUGUUGAGGGGUCUUUUGUAACCAGUCUAGUUUAUUAGAAACUUAGCAGAAAGUCACAUGAUACAAAUGAACACAGGAAAACAAAAAGAUGCCCUUAAAAGUGUAACAAUUAUUAGUUUUAUUUUCCAGUAAAAUAUUCACAUAACGAUAUCAGAAUGGAAUGGUACAGAUGAAUUCAGACUGGUUUUUAAUUAGUUUGCACAUAAACAUCUUUAAAAUCUAAAAAUUUUAUGAUCAAGAGUUUACAGAUUUUAGUAGAAAUUUUGAUUCUUACAAAGCAAGUAUUGCUUUACUAUUGUCAUUAUUCCAGUCAAUAAUAUGACUAAUAACUUUUCAUGUUGAACAAGUGUCUGACAUUUAUUGAAGAUGUCAAUCAGCCCUUUGCAGAUCAAUCCAAGAAAAAAAUAUUAUUAAACUGUGUUGCACAAAGUUUCUUCACUUCUUCUGUAAAAAAAAAAAAAAGAGAGAGAGAAGAUAUUUCAGUAUGAUAUUUUAUAGGAAUCUCCACAAGAAAAACCCUGGGGAUCAUCAGGAGAAUAUAACUAAAUUCAAACAGAAAAAACCCUAGGAGUUGCUAAUGUAGAAAUACAUUUAAUGUUACUCUGUCUUCAGUAAGAGAAGGUUGAGUCAAGUCUGACGUUUCACACUGUCUGAAAGAUGAGUUGUAUUCUAAGUGGCUAAAGUGUAAAUGAUGGUGUGAGUUUGCUGCUCGGCCAUGCAUCUUGUCAAACUUUUACACUGCAAUAGCAGAAGACUUAGUUUCAACAAAAGGAAGUAUAUUAUAACCCCUUUUCAGGGGAAGGAGGGAUUAGGGUAGUCUGUUAAAGUAAGUUAGCUUUUUUUUCAUGACAACUUUUGCUUCAUGCUAUUUGCAGACAAUGUUUCCUAAGUUUAUCAGGCACAGAAACACUCAUUUACUGUUUCUGUAUGGCAGGUUUGAUCCUGAAAGACAAUUAGAAAUGAUUGUGUAAGUCCUGCAACCCAUUCCUCUUUUUAAAAUUUAGGUUGCUGGGCUUUGGUCUUGGAAAAGUAUUAAUUCUUUCCCAUCAUCCAAGUGCUUCCUAUUAAAACAGCUCUAAAAUUGCUGCAAGACAGACUCAAACUGCCCUUUCUCUUCAAGUCUAUAUAAAAGCUUACUGCAUCUUCAGGUUAAUUUGCACUCUUAGUCAUAGUAAAUAAUUCUCAAAACAGCAUUAGAAACAAAACAACAAUGGAAUGAGGAUCACUGGCAGCAUAGUCAUUAUGUAUAAGUAACCUACCCAUGGACUACUGACAAAUAAAACCUAACUCAGAUGUAAAUAUAUUCAUCUCAGCUAUAAUACACUUCAUUAAUUACUCCUAAAUUAAGCUUGCAGAGCUCUCCUCUAUUAUUUGAAGGAGGAAGAAUGACUGAUUAAUAAUUAAGAACAUCUGCUGAAUAUUUAUGCUGUUCUUUCACAGCUGGUAGAAGGCAGACUAAAACCUUAUGCAAACUUACCUGGUCUGUCAUAGAUCAAUCCCUCUCUAGAUUUCUUGUAAGAUGGAUUUUAUUACUUCUCCAGGGACAUACAUUACUAAAAUGUAUUCUUAGUAACUGUAUUUAAAGGUAAUAAAAAACAAUCCUUACCAUUAA